CAUCGUGCUCCGCCAUCCGCGAUUCCAUCCUCCUCAUUCUCCUGUUACUUAUCUGCGCCUGCUCUCGGAUUUCCUGCUUCAGUUUCCGGCAACGUUUCUCUCUGAAAAUGGCUCCCGCAGAAGGCACCGACGUCGCGGCUCCGGCUGCUGAUACCGCUCCCGCACAAGCAGCGGAGAAAUCCAAGGUUAAGAAGGCGAAGAAGCCCGCCGCUGCCAAGGAGGCCAAACCGAAGAAGGCUUCGGCUUCUAAGGGCUCCAAAGCCCCCCUGUCUCACCCCUCCUACUAUGAGAUGGUCGUAGAAGCGAUCAAUGCUAGGAAGGAUAGAAAGGGAACAAGCCAGUACGCGAUUGCCAAGUUCAUGGAAGACAAAAGGAAGGACCAACUGCCCUCGAACUUCCGCAAGUUACUUCUUGUUCAAUUGAGGAAGCUCGUCUCUCAAGGCAAGCUGGCGAAGAUUAAGAACUCCUUCAAGGUGCCCGCCGCAGAGAAGCCCGCGAAGCCUGUCGCCCCUUCGAAGAAGCCUGCCGUUGCAGCGAAGCCGAAGGCCCCAAAGGCUGCAGCAAAGCCUAAACCAAAGGCUGUUGGAGCAGUAAAAUCAAAGCCAAAGGCUUCCGGUGCUGCGAAGCCCAAACCAAAGGCUGCCACCGUGAAGAAACCGGCAGGUGCAGUGGCCAAGAAACCCGCUGCUAAAGUGGCCAAGACGUCUGCCAAGUCCUCUCCUGGAGCAAAAAAGCCAGUCAAGAAGACCAUGGCGAAGAAGCCGUCGGCGGCGAAAGUUGUGAAGGCAAAGAAGCCGAAAAGUUUGAAGGCAGCAAAGCCGAAGAAGGUGACGGCGGCUAAGAAGGGGGCCAAGUGAGCUAACAGCUGCGGUAGAUAGUUUGGUAGAUAAGUAGAUCUUGUACAUUUUUUCAGGAUCUAUAGUUAUAUGAAAAUUUCAUCUUCUUUUCUGGUGUGUUUGUAUAAGAAUUUAAUCUCCUCUUUCCCUCUCUCUGGCUCGACGUUGUGAGAUGGUUUUUGCACGGUAGUGAUGAUGGUAUUUCCGAUCAUCGUUGUAUCUGACGAGGAUGUUCUAAAAAUUUAUAUUGAAUGUUGACGGUUUGUUUUA